UUGCUGGACUGUGGCGCUACCACGGUUUAUGUGUCACGAGCUUUUGCAAAGCAGCAUGGGUUGAAGACGCACGUGUACACUGACCGAACGAUCAAAGUGAAACUGGGAGACAACAACAUUGGGGAGACAGUCCUGGAGUUAGCGAAGAUCACCGUUUGCCUCGAAGGCACCCCCAAGUACCAGUGUGUCGCUGUUGUAUUCGACAUUCCGGACGAGUUUGAUUGUGUUCUUGGGAUGCCAUUUUUUGUGGAUGUACAACCGGAGAUCGGCUGGAAACGUCGA